AUGCGCGGAAUACGAACGACACUUCAAACGCUGGAUUGUGAUGCAUUGAGCCCAAACAUGGCUCCGUCCCCCGAUGGGGAGUUUGGGAUUGAUCAUUCUUCGGCGUUACCGGAAGUUAAUACCAAGCCGGCAGCUCUAACUUCAUCACGCACUCAUGUAAUGGUCCCAAUUGUCUCUACCACCAGUAGCGGAGCAUUUUCGAAGCUUCAAAAACGCUUAGAUUCUGCCUUUCGUUAUAACAGCGACGGUUCUAAUGAAUCCUUGGCCGCCUGCAGCGCUGCUUUCGAAAUCCUAAAGGACAUUCAAAGCAACGCUUUUUCUCCAUCCAACCUAUCAAAAUCCUCAUCUUCAUCGUUUAACGAUCCAGCCAAGGAGAUUUUUGAGCCCGAACAUGUGUCGCUACCACAAGUAGCCUCAUGGCUUCGGUCCUUUGCAAGCAGAUCCGUGAUUCCACGGCCUACAGAGCCGCUGACAAGGUUCUUUCUCACUUUCCUUGUUCAGGCUCCCCAAGCCUAUCUUGACCUUGUCCUUCCCCUUCUUGAUCAGAGGCUCGAAAACCCAAUCAGUGCCACUUCUGAUGACAUCGCAGCAGGAUUGACGAUUGAGCAGGCGCUUGCGUUAGACAUUUACGCGCAUUGGUCCGUCCUCAUGUUUCUAGUGGAAGAGGAGUCAUGGUGGAUUGGCAAUCUGCCCAUAGUGACGCUUACCGGAAUGGUGAACAGAUAUGGCGAUAAUUUCGUGACCAGGCUCUGGCCUGAGAACGGUCCUAGGCAGUGGUGGCCGGGGGGUAUGUUGAACAUUUUACGAGAGAUCAAGCAGUAUCAGUAA